GUAGUUUUUUGUAAAGAUGAGCAACAGGCUGUGUCCCUGCUGAGUGCAGCACAGCGGUCCGAGUUAAAUCAGUAUUUCGUCGGUCUACAUUUGUAGUGUAAGACUUUUUAUGGUUUGGGGUUGUGCCGUUUUAGUUGAGCGGGGGUAGAAAGCAGAAUAUAACUGCGUAUACGCUGUUUUUUAUAGAAGAACUAGGUUUGUUCGAGGUUGUGGCAUGGAUGAGGUACGGCCUAGCAGUGGUGUUCAAGCCCACGGGCUGGUGCCGACGUUUCCCCCUGGACUGCAGGCUAUCUACGGGGAAUGCCGGCGACUUUACCCCGAACAGGCCAACCCGCUUCAAGUUACAGCUAUUGUUAAAUAUUGGUUAGGGGGGCCUGACCCGUUAGACUACAUCAGUAUGUAUAGGAGUACGGGCUGUCCAGCUCAAGACAUCCAGGAGCAUUGGCACUAUGUCAGCUUUGGACUGAGUGACCUGUAUGGGGAUAAUAGGGUUCAUGAAUUCACAGGGGCAGACGGACCCAGUGGUUUUGGCUUUGAACUCACUUUUAGACUCAAAAGAGAGACGGGAGAGACGGCACCACCAACCUGGCCCGCAGAACUCAUGCAAGGCUUGGCUCGCUACGUGUUCCAGUCAGAAAACACAUUUUGUAGUGGCGACCAUGUGUCGUGGCACAGCCCACUGGACAAUAGUGAAUCUCGUAUCCAGCAUAUGUUGCUUACAGAGGACCCACAGAUGCAACCAAUUCAAACGCCAUUUGGCACAGUGAGCUUUCUGCAGAUUGUGGGUGUGUGUACAGAGGAGCUACAGGCGGCCCAGCAGUGGAACGGUCAAGGCAUCCUGGAGCUGAUGCGUGGAAUCAGAGUAGCUGGUGGCCCCUGGCUAAUCACAGACAUGAGGAGAGGGGAGACCAUUUUUGACAUUGAUCCACACCUACAACAGGAUAGAGUGGACCAGGGUAUUGAGACAGAGGGCUCUAACUUGAGUGGGGUCAGCGCCAAGUGUGCGUGGGACGAUCUGAGUCGACCGCCAGAGGAUGAGGAGGACAGCCGGUCUAUCUGCAUAGGAUCACAGCCACGGAGGCUCUCAGACAAAGACACAGAGCAGAUCAGGGAGACCCUGAGGAAAGGACUGGAGUUUAACAGCAAGGCAGCACUACCACCCAUCAGCAGCCAGAGACAGGGCCACGAGAGACCUCAGAGUCGGAAGGACAGUUUGGAGAGUGAGAGUUCAGCAGCUAUUGUUCCUCAUGAGUUGGUCCGAACACGACAGUUGGAGAGCGUCCAUCUGAAAUUCAACCAAGAGUCAGGCACACUGCUGCCCCUCUGCCUGCGGGGCCGGUUGCUCCAUGGGAGACACUUCACUUACAAAAGUAUCAACGGAGACACAGCCAUUACAUUUGUGUCUACGGGAGUUGAAGGAGCUUUUGCCACUGAAGAGCAUCCAUAUGCAGCCCAUGGCCCCUGGCUUCAGAUAUUGUUGACUGAGGAGUUUGUGGAGCAGAUGCUUGGGGAUUUACAAGAACUUAACACUCGGGAGGAGACAAAGUUACCAAAGGAGUACAGUUGGCCAGAAAAGAAGCUGAAGAUCUCUGUCCUACCAGACUCUGUGUUUGAUAAUCCACUGCAGUGAGACACUUGAUGACUAGAAAACAUUAACACCUGCAGACACACACUCCCAGAGUGGACCAUCACGAACAGGAGACCUCCCAGAACAUGCAGCGACCCUGAGCCGUCAGGUCGCUCGCUAAUGCUGUUCCCACAGUGGAUGGCCCGAGACUGUUUCACUCCUGAAAAUGAUCUGAGGGAUGAUCGAAACACUUUUGACUGUUACUGCAUUCUCAGACUACCCCCACUGUUUACAACAUUUCUCCGAGGCUUGAAUGCUUUCUCGAGAAUGUCAAAUCAGCCUCAGACCAGCCUGUCCAGAUGGUUGACCUGUAAGAACAAUCAUUGUAGGUGACACACUAGCUGAAGGGCAAAACAGGAUGUUGUCAUUCCUCCAGUCAGGCCUGCCAAGGUCUGAGGUCCAAAACAUACGUCACUAAAAUAGUUGAGAACGCAUCCUGUGAUCGCCUGACGUAAUAUCCCAAGUGAUAACUGUUGCUGAUCUCAAAAACAGGUCUAUUUAUUCCACUGGCCUUAGAAAGGACGCAAAAGUCUCAUGUUGAACAUUUUUUCUUUCAAUUGAGUUCAUGUGUAUAGUAUUUACAAAUGCUGGACAUUUUUCUCUUAUGUGUUUGUGGUCAUACCAAAGUUUUAACUGUGUCAAAUGAGUCAUGAUUCUGUAAUAUUGACAUGACAUGCUCAACUAUGAUUUACAAGUAUUCAGUGCCUGUUUGUCUGAGAUAAUCAAACAAGCAUCUGACCUGUUUCCCUGGCUAUGUGGCAGAUGCUGCAGGUAUAACCACCUCUACUCCCCUGUGCCAUAACAUGACUCCUUUUUUUUCCUCACGCAUGAUGAUGAUGCGUGUUUAAAAGUUAUGAAACAAAAUAGAUCAAGUCCAUUUAAGUGUUCAAAGACUGGGAAACCAUGUGCAGUGUCCUCUCUCAAGUGUUGUCUCCAGCAGCCACAUCAAUAAGAAUUGUGUUUUUUUUUUUUUUUAUUAUUCAGUAGGACCUGCUUGAAAACGAGUUGGACUAAAAUUCCUCAGUGCCUUGUGUUGAAAAGGACCAUAUACACUCCGUUGACUCUUAAUGCUGCCUACAGCUCCUAGAUUGUUAAAGAGAAGUCACUUUGAAUCAAGGCUGCUGCAUUCAGUCUUUCUCUGAGACCGUCAUUCCAUUGUAACACAAAAGCAGAGACUACUUUCACUCCAGUGUCUUUUUUUACAAAAUGUACUCUUAUACAACACGUGAUGGCAUCUUAUUUUUGUCGUUUGUCUUUUUUAUUCAGAGUGACACAUGUAAAGUUUAGACAUCGUUGAUAUGGUAUUUUGUAAUUACUAUCUUAUGACUGAACUGCCUGAUUGUAAUCCCAAGUGCAUUAAAGCGUGUAGGUAUUUACACAAAUAAAGAUGGAACACUAAUGCAGAAGUACA